UCCAUAUCAGGAAAAAAAUAUUUAAAAUUAUCCUAGAAAAAAUUCUCUUAAACUUAUUUUUUAACAAUUGAAAAUAACAAAAAUAGUGUGUAGUAUGACGAAUUAAAAUUUGCAGAAUAAAAAUAGAAGAUAUGUGAAAGGAAAUGUAAAUAUACAGAGAAAUUUAGAACCAGUUAUAAGGAGAUGGACAAGUCGGGUUUCCGUUAUGCCAGCCUAUAAAAUAUUUUUAUGUUCGUCAUACAAUUUGCAAUGUGGUUUUGGAAAUUCCCACAUUGUCCUAAAUACUUUGUCAGCCAGAGAUUUCAUGAGAAGUGAUGCAGUAGUUAUUUGCUUCCUUUUGUUUUUACAUACUAUAUCCUUUGUUGCCUGAUUAAUAAUGUAUAUUUAUCAGUUACCCCAUUUAGAAAGAAGAGAAUUGUGUAGAAUUCUUGAUCAAAAUAAAACAUGGGAAGAGCUAGCUGUUUCUCACAUGAAGUACGAUACUUUUACUGUACAGGAUUUGCGACGCCAAGAAUCAAGAGGGUUUUCACCAUCAGAUGAGCUUCUUACUAAGUGGGGUCAUCAAAAUCAUACUGUAUUGGAACUGUUUGUAUUGCUUAGUCGUAUGCGUCACUAUCAUGCAAUGACAAUUAUUAAGAAAUAUGUUGAUCAACCAUACCACAGACUUAUAGUUUUAAAGGAUCUAACAAGAAAGUUUCAACAGUGCACUAUUGAGAAUCCAUGUGUAAAAGAUGCAAAAGUGCCUCUAGAAAACUUUAAUAACAUGUCAGAGAAAGCAUUAAACAUUACUCAUAAAAAUGUUUUCAAUUACGGCAUUGAAACUGAAAGUCAAAUAAAAAUCCUUAAUGCUGCUCCAAACGAUCAACAUCAGAAUGAAGUUAGUAGAGAAGAUAAUGAAAGUAUCAAUCAAAAAGUGGUUUUAAAACAUAGACUGCCUCUUGCUAGGAUACAGACUGGGACAUCCAAAGGGCUUCUUGUAUCUGAUAUUUCUUAUGUAGCUGAGACAGCUGGUGCUAUACCACAAAUUCCUUAUGAAGAACUUCAAAUGAGCACAAACAACUGGAGUCCAACAACAGUUUUGGGAAAGGGAGGAUUUGGAACUGUUUUUAAAGGUACAUGGAAGUAUACAGAAGUAGCUAUAAAAAGAAUUGAACAAAGAGAAGAUAAUCCAGAGUCCCAUAGUGAACAGAUUAAACAAUCAAUAACUGAAUUACAUUGUCUAAAUGCUUACAGACAUGAUAAUAUUUUGCCUUUGUAUGGGUAUAGCAUAGGCGGGCCACAGCCCUGUCUUGUUUAUCAGUUUAUGUCUGGUGGAUGUCUUGAAAGAAGACUAAAAGUCAAAGAACAAGAAAAGGUUUUAAAAUGGCGCCAGAGGCUUAAUAUUGCCAUUGGAACUGCAAGAGGUCUUCAAUAUCUUCACACAAUAGGCGAGAAGCCUUUAAUUCACGGGGACAUUAAAUCGGCGAAUAUCCUUCUUGAUCCUUGUAACAACGCUAAAAUAGGAGAUUUUGGCCUUGCUAGAGAAGGUCCUCAUGCCGAUUAUACUCACAUUAAAGUGUCAAGGAUUCAUGGUACAAGACCCUACCUUCCUGAUGAAUUCCUUCGGGCUAAGAAAUUUUCUACAAAAGUUGAUACGUACAGUUUUGGGGUAGUUCUAUUUGAAAUUGCUACAUCUCUUAGCGCUUAUUCGAACCAAAGGCAGGAGAAAUUUCUAAAGGAUCACGUGGUAAAUUACGAAGGAGACAUUUUAGAUUUAAAGGAUACUCGCGUAGAAAGUGGGGAUGUUUGUUAUAGGAGUUUAAUAGAUAUUGGGAAAUUAUGUGUCAGUGAAAGGCCAAAAGAUCGUCCGGAAAUGGUUAAUGUACUUACACAGUUGGAAGGAGUUAGUGUAAAUUAAGGAAUGUCUACUGAUUUUUUUGUUAAAUUGUAUUAAUGUUUAACUUAAACCAAUGUUGAUUUAUUUAAAAUUCUACGACUAAAGUACCUAUUAAAAAAUGUAUGACUAACGUUCUCUAGGAUACUGUUUUGACUUAUCAUCGUGAUGAAAAAUGUAUUUUGAUGACGAAUAAUAAAUGUUUAUUUUUGUGGUAA